AUGGCGGUCCGAGUCGUUCUGCGGUGGUCGCGCCUGUCAAAGUGCUCUGCCUUGGUCCUCCUAGAGCAGGGGCAAGCUGUGGCCAUCCAAGCCGCACUGGGAAUGCUAGGAUAUCAUGAAACUUACUACUUCCCGUCCUCUAUCAAUGACCGAUCACGAGAUACGCAAGCAUGGUUGGACGCAUUCGAUGCAGUAUUUGAAGGAAAGGGGACUUUUAAGAAGGGGGACUUUGAUCGCUUGUUCGCAGGUUGCCAGGCUGUUGUUGGACGCCCCUGUUGUGCUUUUGCACCACAGUUGAUCAAGGCAUAUCCGGAGGCAAAGGUGAUCCUGAACACGCGUGAUGUUGACGAAUGGUAUAUGUUCAUCAAAACCAGGAUGGCGAGAGAACAAGAGCAAGGCGAAGUGAAUCUUGAACCCGAAGACGAGCAGAAGGUAGCAGCGAAAAUGUUGAGGAGUAAAAUUUUAUAUGCCUUCUUUCAAGACGAUUUCAUAAAGACGGGAAAGGCGGCAUUCAAGGCGCAUUUCAAUGAGAUCUGCCAACUUGUACCAAAAGAUAAGCUGUUGAUAUAUGAUAUCAAAGACGGAUGGGAUCCUCUCUGUGAAUUCCUUGGGAAGUCUGUUCCUUCCGAGCCAUUCCCUGGACAUGACGCUUUAGAAGUUUUCGAGGAUAAGUCUCCCAGUCAAGUCAACGGGACGGCCGGGGAACUGAAAUCCCUCCAUCAUGCUGUGGUGGCCGUUCCACAGGAAGCUGGUGUUGAAGCUUAG